UAUUUUUUUUUUUUCUAGUUUCAGAUUCUAAACAGCUGUUUAGAAUAAAAGCUGUCGAAUGUAAUUCUGCAUUUUGCUUAAAUUCCAGUGGGAUGCCUACAGGAGAGAGGAAGUCUCACCAAAUGUCUUUACCUUAAAGUUAUCUGCUACGCGUGCUUCAGAGAGGUAGAUGGAAGUUAGAGAAAUGCUGGACUGUUUCUCAUUAUGUGUGGCUUCAUUUAAUUGAGCUUUAAUGUAAGCUAAUAAAUAUCAAUAAUUAAUCAAUAUGUCCAAAAUACAACAAUCGAUUAUUUUUAUUCAUCUUGACGCACCAAUCCCCUGGAUGGCAGUAAAGGUCCUCACCGAUGAAUCGCCAAUAGCUCAACUACAGAAAAAAAACCAACAUGCACUCUGUUUGAAGUGUUUGGUUUACUGGCUUUCAUGUAGAAAUGGAGGGUACAGAGAAACAAGACCUAAUAUUUCUCGAGUUGAGGCAACGGUUGCAAAGCGGCCUUUUGAUUAUACGGAGUGACGCCUUUGAGGACAAAGCUGAGGUAAAUGUGACGAGCAGAGACUCAGCCAUAGAAAUCCAUGUACCUGAUGGGGGUUAUCUGGUGAAGCUGAAACCAGGGGUCAGUCUAGUGGAGGGCUCAUGGCAUAAGAGUCAGCAGCUCAAUGCUGACGGGUUGCAUGUCAGAUUGCAUUUGAGGGUGGACCAGCCUUCAGAGGCUUUAGACAGUGCGACUGUAUGCCUGAAGGCACUGGAGAAGUAUCAUUUCCUGUGCCAGUCCUGUGGGGCCAUACUGGUGAAAGAAAAGGUUUUCAGGCGAGUUCUUCCCCUACCAAAUGGGAACUGGAAUGCCUUAGUGGAUGACUGGUGCUGUCACCCUGAUCCUUUUGCCAACAAAAAACUUCUCCCUCAAGAAGAGGACUGUUUAGUUGGUGACACCUACUUCCUCUUGACACGGGACAGCAGCUGUGACAAUAGCCUAACACAACAAAUCGACUCCUCCUGUGUAAACCUGGACACUAGUCAGUAUUCAGUAAAGCAGACAGCUGGCUGCAAGAAUGUGGUGGUUUUUUGUAAGAUGUGCUCCGCAGUGCUGGGAGAAGCAGUAACGUCAGAAGUGUUAAAAUUCUAUAUAACUGAAGUGGUGAUAAAACAAAGUGAAGAGAGAGAGUUUACUGUACCACAGCAUAGACAGCAAUUCUUGGAGAGAGCACUUACUUCCAGACUUCUUGAACUGUCAUCUGCGCAAAGCAUAUUUCGUUUUUCCAUCCAGACUCCAGAUUGCAAAUCUGUAAUCAUGCUCUGGCUUCUGAAUACGGAUACUCUGAUUGCUUCAUUCUCUGAGAAAGUCACCAGCAGUAAUGGUCUCAUCUCCAGUGACCGUCAUCUUGAUGAGCAUCAAUCAUGCCAGGCAGCUAGUGCAGUCAAAGUCCUUUACCUCGCCUGCAAUCGUGCCGAGCACCAGGAGGCUGUUGAUGCCUGGGAGAAGGAUAUCAGUGUCCAUCCGUUAGCUCUUCCUUGGAGCACAUGUGAUGAGCUGCUACAGCUGCUGAGCUCCUGCACGAGCACACUGCCCCCUUCACUGAGCUCAAUGAACUCCUACCAGGUGGCAUAUUUGAAAAGAUGACCUCAGGAGAAGAUACGACUCUGAGCAGGAUCUAUCCAGCAGUAAUCACAAGACAUUUCUGAAAUGCUUUUGGAUAACUACACCUGGGAUGUACAUGAUAAAGUUAAUCUUAACAACAAA